GUAGCACUCGAACUGAAAUUCUCUCCCUUACCAGAAAGAAACCAUGGCGAGCAGUACGUGUAUUCCCUCCACUUUUUCACCUAUUCUUCACAACUUGACUACCAGAAACUCCAUUACUAUGGUGGGUUUGCUCUCUUAUGCCCCCAAAAGCCUCAGGCCUCUCUCUCUUACCAAAAGCUUCAGCUUCAGCUCACUUUCCACAGCCAGAAAACUACCGGGAAAAUUGUUCCAAUUCCAAGUGAGAUCAGUUGCCGCUCCGGCUGAAGCUGUUGCCGGGUUUGAUGACAUGGUUUCUGGGACUCAGAGAAAGUAUUACUUGUUAGGUGGGAAGGGCGGUGUAGGAAAAACAAGUUGUGCUGCGUCACUUGCUGUAAAAUUUGCUAAUAAUGGGCAUCCCACUCUUGUGGUUUCCACUGAUCCAGCACAUUCCUUGAGUGAUUCCUUUGCUCAGGAUUUGACUGGAGGGACACUUGUACCAGUUGAUGGGCCCGAAGCUCCGCUUUUUGCUCUUGAGAUAAACCCUGAGAAGGCAAGGGAAGAAUUCCGUAAUGUAAAUCAGCAAAAUGGUGGAACAGGAGUCAAAGAUUUCAUGGAUGGUAUGGGCCUUGGGAUGCUUGCAGAACAGUUAGGAGAGUUAAAACUGGGAGAAUUACUAGACACACCUCCUCCUGGUUUGGAUGAAGCUAUUGCAAUUUCCAAGGUGAUACAAUUUCUUGAAUCCCCGGAAUAUAGCAUGUUUACUCGUAUUGUUUUUGAUACUGCACCCACGGGUCACACAUUGCGGCUUUUGUCCUUGCCAGACUUUUUGGAUGCAUCAAUUGGCAAGAUAUUGAAGCUUAAACAGAAGAUAUCUUCAGCCACCUCAGCUAUCAAAUCUGUCUUUGGGCAAGAGCAACCUCAACUGGGAGCAGCUGACAAAUUAGAGCGACUCAGAGAGAGGAUGAUUAAAGUGCGUGAGCUUUUCCGCGAUACUGAUUCCACAGAGUUUGUCAUAGUAACAAUACCCACGGUGAUGGCAGUCAGUGAGUCAUCUAGGUUGCAUGCCUCCUUGAAGAAGGAAAGUGUUCCUGUGAAUCGACUCAUUGUUAAUCAGAUUCUUCCCCCAUCUGCCUCAGACUGCAAAUUUUGUUCAAUAAAACGAAAGGAUCAGUUGCGUGCUCUUGAUAUGAUCCGGAGUGAUACAGAGCUUGCCGGCCUGACAUUGAUCCAGGCACCACUAGUUGAUAUGGAGAUCAGAGGUGUUCCUGCCCUUAGAUUUCUAGGAGAUAUAAUUUGGAAAUGAUCAUCUAUCUGCACAGUCAUAUAAUCAAUGAUAAAAGAAAGGACCUUUUUUUCUUUAACUAUUCAUUCAUUUGACAAAAUGGGUUGAAUUUGUAUCCAGUAAAGUAAUUUUCCGUAAAAACUGACUUCCCUUCGUUUC